CCCCAGUUUGGGGUGCCCCAGUCCUGUCCAGUCCCUUUUAGGGCUCUCUGGGUUGGGGUGCCCCAGGUCCAGCCCUAUCAGAGCCUCUCCCUCCAUCCCAGCUGGGGGUCCCAGCCUUGUCCUGCCUCAGUGCCACUCUGAGGACACCAGGCCCUGCCCUGCUGUCCUGCCCCCACCUUUGGGGCUCCCCAGGGGCCACCCCCUGCCUGUGCCUCGGAGGAAACCAGAGCCAGCUCUUCCUGACACUUAAAUCCAGGGGUUUUGGAGGAUUGAGAGGAAGCAUUUGGGGAGAUGCUGUGUCAGCCCCUAGGGAGGGAAAUGGGAUGGGGCAGGACCAGCCCCCCUUUCCCAGAGCACUGUCCUGGCACGUGGGGUUUCAUCCAUCCCCUCCCACCUCUGCAGGCAGAGGGACCCUGUCGGAUGAGCACGCUGGCAUCAUCUCAGUGCUGGCCCAGCAGGCAGCCAAGCUCACCUCUGACCCCACUGACACCCCUGUGGUGUGCCUGGAGUCUGACAAUGGGAACAUCAUGAUCCAGAAGCACGACAGCAUCACGGUGGCAGUGCACAAGCUGCUGUCCUGAGCCCUGGCACCCAGCUGCAUUCCCAGCUCCUCCCUGCACUGCCACUCUCCCUUUGGAGCUCCACGCUGGGGUGAAGGCUCUCAUCCCCUCUCACCAGCUCCUGGGCACCUUCCUGGGUCUCCAGCUCACAAUUUAACCCUUGUGCUGCUGAGGAUGAACUGUGGGCACACCCCCAGGCCCUGUAACAAGCAGAUCCUCCUUGCUCUAUGUGGGGGCUUCAUUUGUUGGAGAAAUCAAUAAAUGACCUGUGAAAAACC